AUGGUCGUCACUCAAGUAAAUAAAAUAACUGAAUUAAGUAAACAAUCGGGAAUAAUUAGUAUCGAUCAUGUAACUUUCUAUGUUUCAAACGCCAAAUAUGCGGCCGCUUAUUUUACUCGUUUCUUUGGAUUCAAGUUAAUUGGUUAUAAGGGUUUGGAAACUGGAAGCCGAUCAAUGUGCUCAUAUGUUGUUUCCCAAGGUGACGUUGUGUUGGUUUUAUGUUCAACUUAUCAAUAUGGUUCGGGUGACCUUUGGUCAAUUGUUUCCUCUAGAGGUGAUAUGGUUAAAGAUGUCGCCUUUACGGUUGAUUGUUUGGAUAAUUAUUUAAACAAAUUGGUCACAAAUGGAGUUGAAAUUAUCCGUCAACCUUGGACAGAAAGUGAUCAACAUGGUUCCGUUAGAAUGGCCGUUAUUUCACCUUUCGGUGAUAUUACACACACACUAAUUGAACGAACUCGUUACUCGGGUACAUUUCUACCUUCUUUUCAUCCUCCUCUUGAAUCAAAAAAUUUCGAUGAGCCACUGGACAUUUCACCAGAAUAUCGAGUAUCAUUCAAAGUUAUUGACCAUUUUGUUCCGGUUCUUAAUGCUGGACAAUUAGAAAAAGCUUUCGAUUAUUACAGUAAAUUAGGCCUGGAAACUUUUUACUCUGUAGAUGACUUUAAAGUUAAAACGGAUAAAAGUCGCUUGAACAUGGUCAUUGUCGCUAAUAAGUCCAAAGAUGUAAUAAUCAAUUUAGUCGCACCAUCGGCUGAAGAUAAAUUAUCCCAAUUACAUGAAUUCUUAAAGUAUAACAAUGGAUCGGGAAUUCAACAUCUUGCCCUUCGAACAGAUAAUAUUGUUGCAACGGUAACUGGCCUUAGGGCUCGGGGAGUCCAAUUUCUUGAAAUUCCAUCAAGUUAUUAUGAUAAAUUACGACAACGUUUAGAUUCAUCUAAAAUCUCAAUAAAAGAAUCAAUCGAUACACUGGAAAAACUGCAAAUCCUUUGCGAUUUCAAUGAAAAUGGUUAUAUCCUCCAGUUAUUUGGUAAACCACUUUUUGAUCGACCAACAAGUUACCUCGAAAUUAUUCAACGAAACAAUCAUUCUGGUUUCGGUGCUGGAAAUGUCCAAGCUCUUUACGAAGCCGUUGAAAGGUUACAAAAACAACGAGGGAAUUUGUAA